AUGGCGUCUGCAACAAGGCUUCCUUUGAAGCCAAUUCUGUUCACUACAUCACUCGUACUGGGCGUAGGCGCAUCUCGUGUCGGAUUACGCGAUAUUCUCCUGAAGACCGUUACUGGACCUGGAAAGUAUAGAAGAAUAGCUGCUGUAUUAUUCAUAAUUGCAAAUAUCAAGAAUGUUCCGUUUUUCUGGCAUUACCGCGUUUGGGCAGCGAUUCUUCGACACUGUCUAUUUAGUAAGCCGGAAAUUGGACCUGAGAGAGGGCCGUCGAGCUUGUUCUUACCAGUGAUUACGACUUCGCGGUCACCAUUAUACGAAUGCGAUUACAACCUUCAUAAAUCCAACUCCACCUACUUUUCUGAUCUUGAUAUCACUCGAAGUCAUAUAAUCUGCGCCCUUCUUCAGCCUGGGAUCGCAGCAUUGCAACACAAUAAGGAGGCGAAAUUGGUGUUGGAUAAAGAUGGGAAGCCGUUCUCCGGAAGAUGGUCUAUUAUGCUUGGAAGCGUUAUGUGCAGUUUCAAGCGGGAGAUUGGCAUUUUUGAACCCUAUGAGAUGUGGUCCCGCAUUCUGUGUUGGGACAGGAAGUGGAUUUAUGUCGUUACGCACUUCGUCAAGAAGGGCACGGUUAAGCCGAAAGCUUACAUACUGGGUGAUAGAACUUGGUUCGGAAGUAAGGGCUACAAGCAUGUCAGGGGCGACGGGAAGAUACGUUCGAAAGAGGUGGAUGAGAAAUCGAUCUUCGCCAGUGCAAUCAGCAAAUAUGUUAUGAAGCUUGGGAGGUUGACAGUCCAUCCCGAGGUAGUUCUCCAAGCUUCGUCUAUUUUGCCAGAGAAGCCAGGUGGUUGGGCGACUAUGUCGGGACCCUCUGGAGAAUCCACCCCAGAUGUCGUGGAGGAGAUUGAUACCAGCGCAGUACUUGUUGACUCAAAGAGUACUGAGUGGGAUUGGAGAAGAAUCGAGGCAGAGAAUAAGAAGGGGCUAGAAUUUGCGGCCCAUUUUGCGGCGCUGGACGAAUUGCAUCAUGAGUUUACCGGUAGCGAGGCGCCGGCGUUGGGGAAAUAUCCGGAGGGUAUUUUGUGGUGA